CGAUAAACGUCACAUGGCGUCAGCGACCUUUCAUUUUUGCCAUGCUGUGUGUUUGAAUAAGCGUUUAAUCGCUUUUUGUCAUUGACAUAUUUGUACGUGUACUUAAUCAUCUGUGGUCGGAUUACGAUGUCUUUAUUAAGAAAUGUCCUCAAACUGGUGGUCGUUCUUGGUACUUUAAUGGUGACCGUUCAGUUUCUGAGAUACUGGAUGGCAACUAAACAGUAUAUCUUCACUAAAGAAGAUGUUGCCAAGUUAGCCAAACAGUAUGCAGGCCAGGAUCACGAACAGGCUUUCUCCAAAGUAGUCGUGGAGCUGCGUAAAAAGUAUCCAGGUCACAUUCUUCCUGAUGAGGAUCUACAGUGGGUGUUUGUGAAUGCUGGUGGAUGGAUGGGGUCAAUGUGUCUACUGCAUGCGUCUCUCACGGAGUAUGUACUUUUGUUUGGAACUGCUGUGGACACAGGUGGACAUUCAGGCCGCUACUGGGCAGAAAUAUCAGACACUAUAAUUUCUGGAACAUUCAGGCAAUGGAAAGAAGGAACAACUAAAAGUGAGGCUUACUAUCCAGGUGACACUAUAGUGCAUGCAGUGGGAGAGGCUACCUCAGUGCAAUGGACCGCAGGAACGUGGAUGGUGGAGUACGGCAGAGGAUUUAUUCCCUCUACGUUGGGCUUCGCUUUGGCCGACACCAUCUUCAGUACACAGGACUUUGUAACGCUCUUUUAUACUGUGCGGGUUUACUUGAAGGCUAUGCUACUAGAGGCUAGUGCUUUGCUAACUGAAUCUGGUGUCCUUUAAGAACCACACUACAUAAGUUAUUUUGGUAAUUUAUCACUAGGGUACAACUGAUAACGAGUUAAAUUUGACAUAUGGAAAGUAAGAAUUUAAUUUUACUUUCUGUACAAAUAACUGAUCUCUUUUCUAAAAGUGGAAACAUCAUUCUAUGGCAUUCUAUAGCUCUGUGUGCUCUAUUGUUGUUUUAACAGCUUAAUACUGUUUAGAAACUGUUUAAAUAAAUGGAAAAUAUUAAGAUUUUUCUGUAUUUUGAGACUUCACCUUGGCACCUGUAAUAUUCUGUGAAUAUUCUUGCAUUAUUUUUCAUAACAAAUGCAUUUAUUACAGUCCGAAACUGUCUCUGUUCAGCCUAAAAGUCCCUCCAGAAUAAAGGAUCAGUUUAUAUUGUUA